CCAGCUACAAAACGACACAUCUAAGAAUAUCCAAUAUAUAUCCUCAACAAAUAAUUAAGUGUAAAGCUGUUUUGCGGACGAAAUGAUAGAGAAGGACGUCGAUCUCUUAUGAUGACGUAGCUACAACGCGCACGAGACAGGAGCCUCCCCCAGGCUUGGCUGCUGCUCGGCGAAAUAAACAUGACGUCGUUGGCAGUUACGACGUUUUUAAUGCAGUAACCCUAAGACCACAUCGUUUGAAACAUCGCAGAGUUUGGACACGGUAUAGGACAUUCUGGGAAGCUCUUUGGUUCAAACAGCCAAAUUUCCACAAGUGGAGAAUAAGAAGUGAAGUUGGAGCUGAAAUGCCUCUGCUAUUUCUGGAGAGGUUCCCCUGGCCCAGUCUGCAGACUUACACGGCAUUGACCGUGGCUCUGUUGGCUGGCAGCAUCUUCAGCGCCUACACCACUGUGACUGAUCCUGGCUUUGGGUCUUUGGACGCGGACGAGACUCCAACCCCAACUGAAGUGGAUCUAGAACAUUUAAAUAAUGAUAUUAGUAACAGAGAACUGGCCAGUACUGUCUUGUGGUAUCUGGUCACUGACAGCCUCUUUGUAUGGGUGUUAGUCAACACAUUCUGCUGCUCUUUAAUGUUAAUUGCUAAAAUGAUCCAGUAUGUGGUGUUUGGUCCACUCAGAGUUAGUGAGAAACAGCACCUGAAAGACAAGUUCUGGAACUUCAUUUUCUACAAGUUUAUAUUCAUCUUUGGCGUGCUGAACGUGCAGACAGUGGAUGAGGUGGUCAUGUGGUGUCUGUGGUUCGCCGCUCUGGUCUUUCUUCACCUCAUGGUGCUGCUCUGCAAAGACCGAUUUGAAUAUCUGUCUUUCUCGCCCUCCACUCCCAUGAACAGUCAUGUGCGAGUGAUAUGUCUCCUGGUCUCGCUUCUGCUGGACUGCUGCGGUCUGGCUGUGGUCUGUGGUCUGUUGGGAGCAACCCAUGGCAUGCACACCCUCUCCUUCAUGGCAGCAGAGUGUCUGCUGGUGACUGUUCGCACAGGACAUGUCAUCAUGCGAUAUUCCAUCCACCUGUGGGACUUGAACCAUCCAGGGACAUGGGAGGGUAAAGGAACUUACGUUUACUACACAGACUUCACCAUGGAGCUGGCUAUGCUCUUUCUAGACCUCAUGCAUCAUAUCCAUAUGCUGCUUUUCAGUAACAUCUGGCUGUCCAUGGCGAGCUUGGUCAUCUUCAUGCAGCUGCGUUAUCUCUUCCAUGAAGUCCAGCGCCGCAUCCGCAGGCACAAGAACUACCUUCGAGUCAUCAACAACAUGGAGGCUAGAUUUGCUGUUGCUACUGCAGAGGAACUGGCAGCAAAUGAUGAUGAUUGUGCCAUCUGCUGGGAUGCCAUGUUGACAGCACGCAAACUUCCCUGUGGUCACCUCUUCCACAACUCUUGCUUGCGCUCUUGGCUAGAGCAGGACACCUCGUGCCCCACGUGUCGCACAUCCCUGAACAUUAGUGGGGACGGUGACCAGCCGAGAGGUCAGCAGCAAGGAGCAGAAGACAAUGGCGGUCCCACUGGAGCCGCUGCAGAUCCAAGACCUCAUAUCAGUCAACACAACCACUUUUUCCACUUCGAUGGAUCCCGUAUCGCUAGCUGGCUGCCGAGUUUUUCAGUAGAAGUGAUGCACACCACCAACAUCUUAGGGAUUGCUCAGGCUAACAACUCUCAACUGACGGCAAUGGCCCAUCAGAUCCAGGAGAUGUUUCCUCAGGUGCCCUCUUACCUGGUCAUGCAAGACCUUCAGCUGACACGCUCUGUGGAGGUCACCACUGACAACAUCUUGGAGGGUCGUAUCCAGGUGCCUUUCCCUGCACAGGUCCGUCCCAAUGGCUACGUUACUGAAUAUUGCACUUGUGUAAUAAAAUACUUGAAACAACAUAGUAAGGACAUAAGUCAUAUAUUUAUUUCACAUGAACAGGCCACAGAGCGCAACCCAUUGCAGGUCAAUCAUGCACUGGAAGAGCAAGCAGGGCCCAGUGGCGCUGCUGAGGAGGGCCCCAGCGAGACUGACAGUAUGGAAGCCAGAGGUGGUCGCUUCUCCAAGUCUGCUGAGGAGAGGCAGAAGAUGUUAAAGCAGCGGAAAGAGGAGAUGAUUCAGCAAGCGCGCAGGAGAUAUCUGAACAAGAGUCCAGAAGAUGAGGAUGUUCCUGGACUGGAAGAGGAGGAUGAGGAGCACUCUUUCCCAACUCUAGACUCUACAGUGCUGAGACGUAGAGCCAUGGCAGCAGCUGCAGAAAGACGCAUGCAACAGGACGCUGCACUCUGAAAACACAGCGAGAAACCUCAGCAUCCACCACAAGGCAUGACAGUGUUUUUAAAAUCCUCCUUCAUUCGUUGUUGGCGGUCGUCACAUAUUCAAACAAUAAUUAAAAGAGAAUUGCAAACACGGCCUUUGGACUUGUUCGCCUUGCCUGAAUAAGGCCAGACUAUCAAGACGGGCCUCUGCAUCGAUAUCGUUAUUCCAGCUAAACUUCCCGGAGCAUUGAGUAUCCUGUAUGAGUGUGCCAGAGCUCUCAGUAUGUGCCACGCAUCAGCACCAGCUUGAGCAGAGAGUAAGCUAGAGUGUGCUGGCUGACAUGAAAAGGAGCAUGUUCUGCUUUCAGAAGAACCUUUUCAAGAGGUGUUUGGGUUCUUAUUUUCUUUUUUAGUAUUCCUAUAUUGGUUUUUUUUGCGUUUGUUCUCCAACUGCACUGUAGUUGGAGAAAAACACUGCUGUAUUGUAUGUUAGUUUAUGGAUUUCAACUGUGAACCAUGUGUAGGCAUACAUUAUUUUCCUUCUUACCCUUGUGUAAGAGAAUGUCACUUUAGUAUUAAUCAGCCUUUCAGUCAAACAUGAAUGUCUUUAAUGCUGCAAACGAAAGUAUUCUAACCCAAACGGGUUGAUGUGUAUGCAGUGCAUAAUUUAACCAGCAGGAGAGUAUAGGCAUGCACAUUUCUUUUUUUUUCUUCAAAUUUUCUUCUCUUCUAGAAACAACCAAGAGGAAGUACUACAUUUUGUAAACUAUGUGAUGGGUGUCUUUCCUUCAGUUACUUUCUCUGUGAAUAAGACAAUAUUUUACAAUGAGUAUUUGGUGUCCCAUGUCUUUUUCCACUCAUGUAAAAGGUUGAGGGUGUACUAUGGAAAUGUUAUUCCGGUUCCCAUCAUCAAGUUCUUGGAUGACUGAGGUUUUGUGGGCUUUAUUUUCGCAUCCUUUGCUACAGUAGGGAUACCCAUUCAAUCAACAAGAUAAUCGUUGUUGGCUCAGUUAAAAUUAUAUGCUAAUCAUUAACAUCAAUACCCUUUUUGAUAAAUGUUCAUUUUCACCUUUCCCAAAGUUCUUCUAAAAGCUGAGGUGGUGGGAUCUUUUUGCUCACAAUUUGUGUGGGUGUUGAAAGACUGACAUGGGUGACAAGUUCUCAAUUAUCACUUAAUUUAUGUAAUAAAAAAUACAUAUGUCAUAA